CUUCCACCCGCAAUCUCGGCUCUUUGUUCUUCUGCCUGCCUGCCUGUCCGUCAGCUCAAUCGACCCUUUGUCGUCCGCCUCUACAAGAAAAUGGCCUCCGGUUCCGCCAGCCAGCACCAGCCCCUCGGAGCGGGCACAAGCUUGCCCGUCUUGGACCCCACGGAAGCCCCCUAUCACCACGACCCCGCCAUCUUCACCAUCAUAUGCUGCAACGAAUCCUUCCAGUUCGCCCUCUCCUUUGCUGAUGUCAAGACUCUCCUCCUCGUUUGCAAGCGAGCGAGGCACCUUCUGAACUCCAAGGAGAGGCGCUUCAAUUUGUGGUGCUCCCGACGAUGCUUGAAGAACGACGAUGGGUCCCUCCAGAUCCGGAUUACGCCCAGCGACAGAUAUCUUCUGUCCUUCUACUGCCCGCGUCUGGGUGGCGGUUGGUCCUGGCUCGAAGCACAGUCCAACUCUGGAAAUGCCGCCGCGGCGUAUUUCCUUGCUCGGAACAAGGAGCAGCAACUCAUGCUCGCAAGCGGAUACCUGCCCUGGAAGGUUCAAGACACCAGGAUGGAAGAAGUCCUCUCCCUCUUGGAACAAGCAGCCCUCGACAACCAUACGAUGGCCCAGUUUCACUUGGCCAGAUGCUACAUGGGCCACAAGCUCGUCCAUCGCGAUGCUACCAAGGCCCUCGGCCUCUAUCGCCGCCUUGCGAACCGUGGACUUGUCCAGGCCCAGCUCGCCCUCGGUCGAAUGUACGAAGACGGUGAAGGCGUCAAGCAAAGUUUCAGCACAGCCAUCGAAUGGUACACGGCCGCCUGGAGCCAAGGAAGUGAAGAUGCACGACUCCGGAUCGUCUUCCUCCGUGGAUGCUUCUCGUUCAUCGGCCAUGGAGUCGAGAAGAGCGACCAAGCCGCCUUCAAUCACUGGCAGGAAGUCAGCACCCAGUCCACCAACCCAGUAAUCAAGCCCAUCGCCACCCAUAUGGUCGGGUGGAUGCAUUACCUCGGCCGGGGCACCCUAAUGGACCAACGAAAGGGCAUUCAAAUUAUUCGAGACAACGAAACCCGCAACCGCUUCCGACUGGGAGAAGAUGUCUGGUUCUGGUCUACCAAGGGUUUCUACUCAAACAUCAACCUCCACCUCCAUCAUCUGCAAGCCUCUGCAGCCCAAGGAAAUCAGUUUGCCCAGCUGCUCCUGGGUGAAUAUCAGUCUUCGAAUGAUCGUGGUGCUGCCUUUGCCCCGAACACCAAAGAACAAGUUUUGUUCGAACUGGUGUUCAACAUAGGCUCAGACAUGCAGGGCUAUUUAUAG